UUCUCCCCCUGCACCCGAGCCCUGUUUCUUUGAAGCAUGGAGGACCUCAAACAACGAUCUGACAAACAAGAGACGAAAGACAGGGCAUUAACUAGGCCAUUGGAAUGGGCUGCAGCCCAUGAAUGGUAUAUGGCCCAGAAUGGUAAGACUGGGUAAUGCCCACAUGAAACAAUCAACAUGACGAAACCUGAGACAAGCAGGAAACAGUGCAUUCAUGAACCAUCACAAAGAUUGACUAACUGAUUGAUUUAUUUAAAAUAAAACUUAUUUACCUAGUGUUCAUUAACUUGGUAAGAUUAGCUUCCUUAUGCAGCAUCAGUGUGGGCGGCAGAUGGGUUGGUCAGUCUGAUCCAGACACUGUAUAAAUGAAAGGAGAGUAAGGAGAGCAGAACAAACUCCUAACAGGAGACUCACUCAUGGCCUAUGAGACAGAGCAUCAUGAGAUUCAAUAUUGCUUUCCUGCCAUCAACUCAUCAUGUAUCAAGGGAAAACACUCCAUUCAUGAAUACAAUAUCAUGUAUGUGAUUUUUUCAUUGCUGUCAGCAUGGACUGUGUUUUUGAACCUGCUGGUGAUCAUCUCCAUCUCUCACUUCAAGAAGCUUCACACUCCAACCAACCUGAUCAUUCUCUCUCUAGCUGUGGCUGACAUGCUUAUUGGACUAAUUGUCAUGCCCAUAGAGGCCAUAAACCUGAUUGAGACGUGUUGGUACUUUGGAGAUACUUACUGUGGACUGUUUACAGUGAUCCUUGAAUUGCUUAUUUCUGUGUCUCUCAGUAAUUUAGUUUUAAUUGCUGUUGAUCGUCAUGUGGCUGUGUGUUACCCUUUAUUGUACCCACAGAAAAUAACCAUGACUAAAACUUUAUUGACUAUCUGUCUCUGCUGGUUUUGCUUUUCAUCUUAUUUCACUUACUAUGCAAUUAAUAAUGGAUUUUUUAGCAUUUCACACAGAACAGACGUGUGUUACGGCAAUUGCUCUGUUAUACUAACUUUUGCAUGGAGAGUCUCUGAUCUGAUUUUGUCUUUUUUGUCCCCUUGUAUCCUCAUCAUAACUUUAUAUUUGAGGAUUUUCUAUGUUGUACAUCAGCAAGUGAAAGUCAUAAACUCUCUGAUGAGGAGUGGUAAAUGUGUAACGGAAGGAUCAUUGAGGAGGAAAUCUGAGAGCAAAGCUGCUCUGACUUUAGGAAUCAUUGUCACAGUUUAUCUGCUUUGUUGGAUUCCGUACUAUAUCUGUUCUAUAUCAAUAAUCACUUCCACAACCAUAAAUGUUUUGAUGUGGGUUGUGUAUAUUAACUCGGGUCUGAAUCCUAUGGUCUAUGCUUUAUUUUACCCCUGGUUUAAAAACACAGUUAAACUCAUCUUAUCUCUAAAAAUAUUUCAGCCAGCAUCCUCUCUGGUCAAUAUUUUAACAGAACAUUAAUUGUAAUUAAACUGAUAAAGCCAUCAUUCUGAGAACAAUUUAACAUAAAAUGCAAUUGUUAUAAAGUCCUAAGGUAAAUAAUUAUAAUAUGUUAUUCUUUUAAUUUACACUAAAUAUAGUUUAAUAUUGUAUAGUUUGUUUCAUUGAGUGUCAUUCCUUUAUAAUUAUACUCUGUUCAAAUGCAGAUUUUAUCAGAAUUUAACAAUUAGGCAAGCUUAUUUUAACAGUAAUUUUUCAGUUGUGUUGCAUUAGCUUAUUAGAAAAAUAAAGUAAGAAUCACAUAACUCCAAUCUAAUGAAAUAAAUUAUUAUAUUAUGUAUUUUAUGCUUCACUUUUAUCAGUCGUGCAGAAUCCGAGUUGAAAUAAAUCAAAAACACAAUGACAAAAAAAGUACAGCCAUUUAGAAAUACUGUAUUUGGAAGUGUCAAAUGUAUUAUCAUGGUGGUUCAUCAAAACCAAAAUCAUAAAGAACAAUUUCUAAUGCUAACAUACAGUUCUAACGUUUUCGUUUGAUUUUAAUGUGGAGACAUUCAUUAAACAAUUACUUAUCAUUAUACUCUUGUGUUUUAUUCUAUGUUCUUAUCAUGGCCUUAUUUUUUUUAUUUGGAUGAGAUGAUUUUUAACAUUGAAACAUGUUAACAUGUUGAUAGCUGUGUUUGUGUUUAAUGUUUAUUAAGCAGAAUUUAAGUUGUUAAUAGCUGAAAAUAUUAUCCUGAUACACUCGAUGAAAGCACACAUUUCUCAUUCACAUCACCCUGUUUAUGGACGCUGCCAAGUAUCAUGAAACAUUUUAUUUUAUUAAACAUUUUAUUAAAAUAUGCAUUAAUGUGCAUACAUUUUCAGAAUGGAAAGUUUAUCAAUGGAUUAGCCAGAUUUUG